AUAAGGCCAAUUAUCGUGAUGUCACUGCAAAUGGGUUCUUUAUAACGGGGUCGCCCAGGAUGACGAGGGCGACCAGUGCAGAUACACUCAGUGUUUUUACAACUUUUACUCAGGAUGAGUGAACAUUACGGGUCAUUAAAGACACGGCCAGCGCUGCAACGUGCAACAUAGUUAAGGAACUCUGUGAAGUACCAAUUUGUUGUGAGAGUCAGUGCUGGAAGACCUUUAUAAAUGAUAAGAGCAGUGGAAAUAGCAGGAAAACUCCAGUAAAGCGGUUCUGUCUCGUCCUUAUACUUGUUUAACUGAAGACUAUCUCGUAGAGCCACAAUUCCCUCAUUACUUUCUACUUGCCCUUCCAUUUCUUCGUUGCAAAGUUUUAUAAAUAGAUGUUUGUUUGUAUGGUGUUUUUAAGUUGCAUGGAACCAGUGGUUAUUCAGAAACGGGACCAACGGCUUUACGUGACUUCCGAACCACGUCGAGAUUGAACUUCUAACACCAGAAAUACACAGUGACUUGGUUUCCUUCGCUAGGGCUGAUGAAGAGGAAUGAUAAGACCAAGAUCUAUAGACCUUGGAUAAGACGAAGGAACUUGACGUCAGUCGUCAGUCAUGUGGCGGAAGUUCUAGGAUCGUUGUCGCUGUUAACAAUGGAUUCUUCGUUAUAGAGACAAGAUCGUUACAACAAAGAAAUCGGGCACACUGCUGACGUGAUUACCAUACAGUGAGAACGAUAAGUGACCUCGGUGAAUCAAAAAGUGUCACGCUUGUCAUUGUACUUAUUAAAAUGGUUUUGUACUUAUAGGCCUAAAGGCUAAAUAUCUUUCAGUUCACUGUUUAGAUUAAACUGUAGAGCGCAGUGUUAAAAGUAAAAAUGGAACGAGAAAAUGAGUCAGCUUCAUCAAAGAGGCGACUGACGCCAAAAUUACUCCGAACAUUGGGCUACACAUUGGUCGCUGUCCUCUUCCUUAUCAACAUCACUUACAUGGUCUAUCAGCCACGGCCUCCAUACUGGUUCAUUGUUGUGGUUGUUCUCGGGGUAGUCGUCGCCAUAAUACAUUACACGCCUUGCCCCUGCGUGCAAGAAGAAGUUACUGAUCGACGUCCUUCAGUAGGGGGCACAGAGUAUGGCAGUAUCGACAUACAGGACGUCCCAGAGCCCAUCAGGUCAUUGCAGAACUCGUCCAAUUUGAACCAGCAUUUGUAAAUUGUCUAAAUGAGUUGUUUAAACCAGAAUUUAAAGCCUUAAGAGUAGAAAUAGACCCAUUCAAACUCCGUUGGUCUAAAUUGUGGAUUUAUGUCUGUUCAUAUAUAGGCAAUAACUUUUUUUUUCGACAACCCAGCUGCUUUAACUCUAUACAAAAAAUCUGACGGAGGAAGUUACGAAACCGUUACACAACCGAGCCAAUUAAAAAAAAAUACUUUAAAUUCACUAUGUAUACACACGGCUAUACCCAUACACUGUAUAUACAUACUCAUUUCACAUACAUAUAUAUCUGUAAUACUAAAAUUGCAAUUAACUGUGUAAAAAGAGAAUACAUUUUUUAAAAUAUAUACUCAAUACAUAACUAUUUUUGUAUAUACUCUUUAUUAAAAUAAUCAAGUGUGGAUCAUUCAAUAAAAGCCCAGAUUUUCAGCUAUAACAGUUACCAGAUAUAAAAUCUUUCAAACUAUUUGUUUCAAAAUGAAAUUUUAGUACUUGAGGAUGAUUCUUAGUUCUUACAUAAAGCUUUAAACACUUCUUUAAAACCAUCUAUCAAUUUUUAUUCAUACUCCAAAAAUAAAAUAAAUGUAUCAGUUUAUUUUUCCCCACGAUUACUACAUACAUAAUCUUGUACGAUAUUCAUCAUAUGUAAUCUGUCCCGAGUUGGCAAUACUUCAUGUAUACGUAUAUUUACACAAUACUUUUCGGACAUGUGGCUAUAUAAGUAGGUCUAAGUCUAUUUCGAGAAUCCAAUGUCUUGUUCUCAUGCAAAUAGGUCUAGCUCCAACAAAUCAUCCGGUGUCCUCGGGAGCCCAACUGACACUAUAACGUACUAUUCACCCCGGGGACGAUGCAAAGCCAUGACUAAAGAAAAUUCUAAUCGGUUAUUUGGUUAAAUCUUCAAGUCUUUCUUCUUAGGCGUUAUGCCUAGCUUUUGUAAGAUCAUCGUUUCUUCUGUUGUACUCGAUUGAGUGCCUAAAUGACGCCCAUUCUAAACGUUACUGGGACGACAAAGAACGAAUCAAGAUUUUAAUAUUUCUAUUCUCUAAUUUUCCUAGGGUUUUACUUUCUAAAAAUGUGUAAGCAUCCUUUGAAAAAAACACACACUUUAAUAGCCAUUAACAUACUAAACAGGAUUCCACAGAAAAGAACGACGUGCUGGUAAAGAAGAAAAACAUUACCAGAAAUGAGAUAAAUGUCCUUAUGGUAUACGAUAAUGGUAGUACGGAAUUUUCCAACAGUAGUAUAACUUAUCUUCCAUUUAAUAGGAUCAGCAUCGCAAGCUCUGCUAGAAUGACUUUCCCAUAGUCCCAGGGUGUAGAUAAAGGCUGUUUAUGACCUAUUGAUAUAACAAGGCACAACAUCACGGCACGCAAACAAAAUAUGGACGGCUAAGAUCUACGAAUCGGUUAGAGCGUUAAGCUCUCGUAGUGGAGGAUCAUGGGUGAUAAUUGUGACCAUUCUCCUUGAUGUAACGAGCUUAUGCCUGAACUACGUUAGGCUUGUUCAUUCAAUUAUCUCUUCUGCCAUGCUUCUUCGAUUCGGGGUUCUCAUCUCUCUGGUAUGCGAGAAUUCUUUGAGUACACAGACCUGUCCACUUAUUCAAUUGUGUAAACUUUGCGUCAUUUUUUAUCAAAUCAAACAGACACCUUCAACCGAGCAGUUAUGACACAAUUAAGCACUGAAGAUAAUUGAAAACUGCAUGUACAUAAUACAACAACUUCCUGAUGAACCGUGAGAGGGAAAAAAAUAAAAUAAGACUACUGCGAAAUUAUGAUGAUUGUUGACGUCUCUUUGAUUUACUUGUUUUAAGAGACUGAUAAAAAUAGUGAGUGCAAUGUUCAAUGAAUAAAAAUCCUUCAAAGAAAUGUGAUAGACAUUUAU